GAUUUUUCUUAGUUCUCACUCUCUCCCCUUUGAUGAAGUAAUAGUUUAGAGGAUGUGAAAUAGAGUUAGAGAGAGAGAGAGAGAGAGAGAGAGACAGAGCUUUGAGCCUUAAGGCAUGGACUUGUGGAACAGAGCCCGAAGCCUAGCUGAGGAAGCAGCGAAGCGAACCCAGGAACUGUCCGUGGGAGCCACCAAACUCUCCGACCUAGUCUCCGAGACUACCAAGCGGUCCAAGGAGCUCGCCGCCGAGGCCUCGAAGCGAGCCGAGCUGAUCAAGUCCGAAGCCGUGAAGCGAGCUGACCAGAUUAAGGUCUUGGCCGAGGGAAUCACAGUCUCUCCUUCACCUUCACCUUCACCUUCUUCCCCUCACACUCCCUUGGCUUUGGAGAAUGAUCUGGAGAAGUUCGGCAUAACCGAAGUGCUGAGAGACUUCGUCAAGGAAAUCAACAUCACCACGUUUAAGGAUUUUCCCUUACAAGAUGAUACACAAAUGUCCGAUAUACCUACUGUCUCAAAUGUUAGGCAGGAUCUUACAGAGUGGCAAGAAAAACACGCCAAUCUUGUUCUUUCAACUGUCAAGGAAAUUUCAAAGUUGAGAUAUGAGCUAUGCCCACGUGUCAUGAAAGAGAGGAAGUUCUGGAGAAUAUAUUUUAUACUAGUGAAUAGUCAUGUGGCACCCUAUGAAAAGCGAUACAUGGAGGAUCCUGAGUUAAAAUCAACAGAACAAGUGAAAGAUGAUGGAGCAGAGGAAUCUCAAAAAAUUGAAAUAACUUCUAAACCAGAGGCGAAGGAAGUAAACCAGAAAAUUAAAACUUCAAGCUCAUCUACAGAGCAAGAUUUGGAUGAAUUUCUCUUGGGAGAUCCUGGAGACAGUGAUGAUGGCCCAGAUGAUGCUGAUGGGGGAUUUGAUGAUGAUUUUGACAAAAUGGUGGAUAGUUCAGAUGAUGAGAAGGAAAAGUCAUAAGAGAUCACUGAAAUGGAUGAACACGGUGGAUCACUGCUACUUUGGUUUCAGAGGAAAUGUUGGAUUGAUGGAACAAUCAACCAAUAAAGGUGUAAAAGUGGCGGGGUUCCCCUUCUCCCCCUAUACCCCUCCUCUAUCUCCCUUCCAUAGCUUUCUUUCUAUUUUUCUGCUUUUUGGUUGUGGGGGUGGUGUUGUUCUUUCUGUAAAGAAUAUUUAUACAAUAGGUAUUCAAUCCGUGGGAUGUUACUUAAA